UUACUCCCUCGGGAGCAUUCUGGCUCCAUGCUCCCUUCCUUUAUUUGUUUCCCAUUUCUCUGUUUUCAGUCAUUCAGGAAUUCUGAAAGCCAACAAAGUUCAGGAGAAGAGGAAGAAGCUCUCGCUCUAAUGGCUUCUUCUUCUUCUCCUCCUCGAAACUCAGAGGGUAAUGCUAAUAAGGAGAGGAAUCGAACAUUUGAUGCGAAGACGAGGACCAUGUGCUGGGAGAAGGCGGACGUCGUCCCCGGAAGGCACCCGGAGAGGUGGCGGAAAGAUGCGGCCGGCAACGUCCUGUGCAAGCGGUUCUGGAAUUGUACUGGAUGCCUCUGCUAUGAAUAUGACCAUAUAAUCCCCUUCUCCAAAGGCGGGAAAUCCACAGUGGAGAACUGCCAGAUUCUUCAGGCCAGAGUGAACAGACUGAAAUCAGAUAAAGAUGGGCUAGAGAAAACUGAAUUGGCUAGCUUCUCAUGUGAUGUCAAGUUCACUGAUAGAGAAUUGGAUGUGAUUGAGAUGGCUGUUUAUGGGGAUGUCAUCCGACCGGAGCUGCAAUGUCGAUGUAGAACCGUUGCAGAGAUGCUUGGCCAAUAUAAGUUGAAGAGUCCAAUGACACCUGCUUGUGAAUUGCCCUACAAAGAAGCAUAGUCAUCCCCCAAAUUCAAGUUCUCUCCCCCUCAAUGCUGGAGCGGUGAGUUUAUGAUUCAAGUUCAGUGGAAUCUCCUUAUUCGUUAUGCUGUUGAGGAAUGAGGAUAUUCCUAUGCUGUUCUCCUAAAUGAAAACUCUCUCUCUCUUUCUCUCUCAGUCGCACAACAAUUGGUCUCUGUUUGAUUUAUCAUCAGCUAUCUACAUUACUCUCUCUCUCAUACACACACAAGAAUUGAAGUCUCUCUCUUUGGUUAAUUUGGAAUAUUCUCUCUCUCUCUCUCUCUCCACCCCCUCCCCCCUUUUUUUCUCAAAAGACUGAAGCAGAUUCAGUCACUUAGAUGAGGCAGCAAGAUCCCAGUUUUUAAAACUUGUGGGGCUGAACUGUUUCAUUCUCAUCCUUCAAAUGGAUGCUUGUUUGUUUGCAAGAUUGUUACUCAAACUAGUGAAAUUUUUUCACUCUGUAACCUUUAAAAUUUGGUAGUGAUGUGGGUUCUGGAGAGAAACCUCCUAGAAACCUUGUGUUUCAUUUUUUCACAUAAAAGUGGAGUAUUAAAAUUAUUGGAUGAUUGUUGA